GCUACUGACAGAGUGGAAACAGAGUCUGGUAAGGAGGCUGUUUAUUACAGUAAUACAGGCUGUGGCUGCUAUAGAUUGCGAUCCCUCUGAUGGAUCUUGGCAAAGUCAUUUGAAAACCUUCUGGAAAGGCUUCCCCAUUCUUGGAAAGAGAAAUUGCCACAGCCACCUUGACCUUCAGCAACCACCACCCUGAUCAGUCAACAGCCAUUAAUAUUGAGGUAAAGACUUUCCACCAGCAAAAAAUAUUGACUUGCUGAAGGCUCAGAUGAUGGUUUUUUCACCUGAUGUUGUAGAGGAAAUCAGCAGACCAAAACUAACCAGGCUACCAUAAGUUUAACUUUGGUAUAGUUCGGGAACCCUGGCAGAAACAUGGAAUUUGCCAACCUUUAUCCUGUCCUUUAAAUUUUCCAUCAGAGAGAUUUUCAGUUUUUUCUUUGACAGUGAAAAUCUCUGAUAUUCUCUGUUUAAUGUAACCAUUAACUCUGAGAGGAUGGAAGAUGACAAACCAAUGACAGACACUAUAGAAAAGAAAGAAGAGUUAAACCAUUCUUUAUUGGCUAGGACUUCUGGGAGUUUUACAGGAAGGAAGCUAAGAAGGAAGAUGUCAAACUGUGACCCUCUGAAGGGAGAAGUGUGAUUGGGUUUUAAGCAGAAGAGUACUGGAUCAUUAAUGUUGCCUAUGAUGUUGAACCUGACAAAUGCAUUUUUGAAACGUUGGGGUUGUUGGAGUGGUUGGAUUUUCCCUGGAAUUGAGUGAGAAAUUCAGAAGACUGAAGCCCAGGCUUACUGUCUACCUUUCACGGAGGCCUAGCCGUGAGAGGACAGAAGAAGGCACGUGGCGAAUCAUGACAGCUGACAAAGACAAAGAUAAAGACAAAGAGAAGGACCGGGACCGAGAUCGGGACCGAGAGAGAGAUAAAAGAGACAAAGUAAGAGAAAGUGAGAAUUCAAGGCCACGCAGGAGCUGUACCUUGGAAGGAGGAGCCAAAAAUUAUGCUGAGAGUGAUCACAGUGAAGAUGAGGACAAUGACAACAAUAGUGCCACCACAGAGGAGUCCACGAAGAAGAACAAAAAGAAGCCACCGAAAAAAAAAUCUCGCUACGAAAGAACAGACACUGGAGAGAUAACCUCCUACAUCACUGAGGAUGAUGUUGUCUACAGACCAGGAGACUGUGUGUAUAUCGAGAGUCGGAGGCCAAACACACCGUAUUUCAUCUGUAGCAUUCAAGACUUCAAACUGACUAGUGGUCCCCACACUACGGGUUUUGGAUCCCUGGAUAUCUGCAGAGAUUUUGCAAAGGUCCACAACUCCCAGGCCUGUUGCAGAUCUCCAACUCCUGCUUUGUGUGACCCCCCAGCAUGCUCUCUGCCGGUGGCGUCACAGCCACCACAGCAUCUUUCUGAAGCCGGGAGAGGGCCUGUAGGGAGUAAGAGGGACCACCUACUCAUGAACGUCAAAUGGUACUACCGUCAGUCUGAAGUUCCAGAUUCUGUGUAUCAGCAUUUGGUUCAGGAUCGACAUAAUGAAAAUGACUCUGGAAGAGAACUUGUCAUUACAGACCCAGUUAUCAAGAACCGAGAGCUCUUCAUUUCUGAUUAUGUAGAUACCUACCAUGCUGCUGCCCUUAGAGGGAAGUGUAACAUCUCCCAUUUUUCUGACAUAUUUGCUGCUAGAGAGUUUAAAGCCCGAGUGGAUUCAUUUUUCUACAUACUAGGCUAUAACCCUGAGACAAGGAGGCUGAACAGUACCCAGGGAGAAAUUCGUGUCGGUCCUAGCCAUCAGGCCAAACUUCCCGAUUUGCAACCAUUCCCUUCUCCAGAUGGUGACACUGUGACCCAACAUGAGGAGCUGGUCUGGAUGCCUGGAGUUAAUGACUGUGACCUCCUUAUGUACUUGCGCGCAGCAAGGAGCAUGGCGGCAUUUGCAGGCAUGUGUGAUGGAGGCUCCACAGAGGAUGGCUGUGUCGCAGCUUCUCGGGAUGACACCACUCUCAAUGCACUAAACACACUACAUGAAAGCGGUUAUGAUGCUGGCAAAGCCCUGCAGCGCCUCGUUAAGAAGCCUGUGCCUAAGCUGAUCGAAAAGUGCUGGACCGAGGAUGAAGUGAAACGCUUCGUUAAGGGUCUCAGGCAGUACGGCAAGAACUUCUUCAGAAUUAGAAAGGAGCUGCUUCCCAAUAAGGAAACAGGGGAACUGAUCACCUUCUAUUACUACUGGAAGAAAACCCCAGAGGCAGCCAGCUCCCGGGCCCAUCGAAGGCACCGCAGGCAGGCUGUGUUCAGGAGGAUUAAGACUCGCACUGCUUCCACACCCGUCAACACACCUUCCAGACCCCCCUCCAGCGAAUUCUUGGACCUGAGCUCGGCGAGCGAGGACGACUUUGACAGUGAGGACAGCGAGCAGGAGCUGAAGGGGUACGCCUGCCGCCACUGCUUCAGCACCACCUCCAAAGACUGGCACCACGGGGGCCGGGAGAACCUCCUGCUCUGCACAGACUGCCGCAUUCACUUCAAGAAGUACGGCGAGCUCCCGCCCAUCGAGAAGCCUGUGGACCCCCCACCAUUUAUGUUCAAACCUGUCAAAGAGGAAGAUGAUGGGCUCAGCGGGAAACAUAGCAUGAGGACGCGGAGGAGUAGAGGCUCGAUGUCUACACUGCGCAGUGGUCGGAAGAAGCAGCCAGCCAGCCCUGAUGGUCGCGCCUCGCCCAUCAAUGAAGACAUCCGCUCCAGUGGCCGGAACUCGCCCAGCGCUGCUAGCACCUCCAGCAAUGACAGUAAAGCGGAGACUGUGAAGAAGCUGGCCAAGAAGGUGAAGGAGGAAGCCUCAUCCCCUCUGAAGAGCACCAAACGCCAGCGGGAAAAGGUAGCCUCAGACACAGAGGAGACUGACAGGACCAGCUCCAAGAAGACGAAAACCCAGGAGAUUAGCCGGCCCAACUCCCCGUCGGAAGGUGAGGGAGAAAGUUCUGACAGCCGCAGUGUCAACGAUGAGGGCAGCAGUGACCCCAAAGACAUCGACCAGGACAAUCGCAGCACGUCCCCCAGCAUCCCCAGCCCCCAGGACAAUGAGAGUGACUCGGACUCCUCUGCCCAGCAGCAGACCCUGCAGGCCCAGCCUCCAGCCUUGCAGGCUCCCAGUGGGGCUGCUCCAGCUCCUUCCAUGGCCCCACCAGGAACCUCCCAGCUUCCCACACCAGGGCCCACGCCCUCUGCAGUUCCUCCACAGGGUUCCCCCUCAGCCUCCCAGCCCUCCAACCAGGCUCCACCAGGUCCUGCUUCCCAUGCCCAUAUCCAGCAGGCACCGGCUCUGCACCCUCAGCGGCUGCCCUCCCCGCAUCCCCCGCUGCAGCCUCUGACUGGGCCAGCUGGCCAGACCUCUGCUCCACCUCAUACCCAGCCCCCCCUGCAUAGUCAGGGCCCACCCGGCCCUCAUAGCCUGCAGGCUGGGCCCCUGCUGCAGCACCCAGGUCCCCCUCAGCCCUUUGGCCUCCCUCCCCAGGCCUCCCAGGCAGCAGCUCACCCUCAUACCUCCAUGCAGCCCCCAGCCUCUCAGUCAGCCUUGCAGCCCCAGCAGCCCCCACGGGAGCAGCCCCUGCCACCAGCCCCCUUGGCUAUGCCACACAUUAAGCCACCGCCCACUACACCCAUCCCCCAGCUUCCAGCACCACAGGCCCACAAGCACCCACCUCACCUCUCAGGGCCCUCACCCUUCUCCAUGAAUGCCAACCUCCCGCCCCCUCCAGCACUGAAGCCCCUGAGCUCCCUGUCUACACACCACCCUCCCUCAGCACACCCCCCACCGCUGCAGCUCAUGCCUCAGAGCCAGCCAUUGCCCUCCUCCCCUGCCCAGCCUCCUGUGCUGACCCAGAGCCAGAGCCUCCCCCCUGCUGCUGCCUCCCAUCCUCCUGCAGGCCUCCAUCAGGUGCCCCCUCAGCCCUCAUUCUCUCAGCACCCCUUUGUCCCUGGAGGCCCUCCUCCCAUCACCCCUCCGUCCUGCCCCUCUACCUCCACUCCACUCACGGGCCCUGGCCCAUCGACCCAGCCGCCCUGCGCUGCUGCCGUUUCUUCGGGAGGCAGCACACCUGGAGGGGCAGCCUGCCCGCUGCCCACUGUCCAGAUCAAGGAAGAGGCUCUGGACGAUGCUGAGGAGCCUGAGAGCCCCCCUCCACCACCAAGGAGCCCGUCCCCUGAGCCCACUGUGGUGGACACCCCCAGCCAUGCCAGCCAGUCAGCCAGGUUCUACAAACACCUGGAUCGGGGUUACAACUCAUGUGCACGGACAGACCUGUAUUUCAUGCCUCUGGCGGGAUCCAAACUGGCCAAGAAGAGGGAGGAGGCCAUUGAGAAGGCGAAACGGGAGGCUGAGCAGAAAGCUCGAGAGGAGCGGGAGCGGGAAAAGGAGAAGGAGAAGGAACGCGAGCGGGAGCGGGAGCGUGAGCGGGAGGCUGAGCGUGCAGCCAAGGCGUCCAGCUCAGCACAUGAAGGCCGCCUCAGCGACCCCCAGCUCGGUGGUCCUGGCCACAUGCGGCCAUCCUUCGAGCCACCACCAACCACCAUUGCUGCUGUGCCCCCGUACAUCGGGCCUGACACCCCUGCCCUUCGGACUCUGAGCGAGUACGCUCGGCCCCACGUCAUGUCUCCCACCAACCGUAACCAUCCCUUCUACAUGCCCCUCAACCCCACCGACCCACUGCUGGCCUACCACAUGCCCGGUCUCUACAAUGUUGACCCCACCAUCCGAGAGCGGGAGCUCCGGGAGCGCGAGAUCCGGGAGCGGGAGAUCCGGGAGCGGGAGUUGCGAGAGAGGAUGAAGCCAGGCUUCGAGGUGAAGCCCCCUGAGCUGGAUCCCCUGCACCCAGCCACCAACCCCAUGGAGCACUUCGCCCGGCACAGCGCCCUUACCAUCCCCCCCACUGCCGGCCCCCACCCUUUUGCUUCUUUCCACCCGGGCCUAAACCCCUUGGAGAGGGAGAGACUGGCUCUGGCGGGCCCCCAGCUGCGGCCCGAGAUGAGCUACCCUGACAGACUGGCGGCCGAGCGGAUCCAUGCAGAGCGAAUGGCAUCACUGACCAGCGACCCUCUGGCCCGACUGCAGAUGUUCAACGUGACUCCACACCAUCACCAGCACUCACACAUCCACUCGCACCUCCACCUCCACCAGCAGGACCCCCUCCACCAAGGUUCAGCAGGCCCAGUUCACCCGCUGGUGGACCCCCUGACUGCUGGCCCUCACCUGGCUCGAUUUCCCUAUCCCCCUGGCACCCUCCCCAACCCUCUGCUUGGACAGCCCCCCCAUGAGCACGAGAUGCUUCGUCACCCAGUUUUUGGUACCCCCUACCCCCGAGACCUGCCUGGGGCCAUCCCACCCCCCAUGUCAGCUGCCCACCAGCUGCAGGCCAUGCAUGCCCAGUCGGCUGAGCUGCAGAGACUGGCCAUGGAGCAGCAGUGGCUGCACGCACACCCCCACAUGCAUGGCAGCCACCUACCAAGUCAGGAAGAUUAUUACAGUCGACUGAAGAAAGAAAGUGACAAGCAGUUAUAAGUUAUUUAUUUGUUAACGCUGGCUGUGGAAACCCCAGUUCUUGGGGGGAUAAACAGGACUUUUUACAUACAAUAGGAGCUGCAAAAGUAAAAAGAAUAUCUUCUAAAGAUUUCUUUAUAUAUUUAAAAACCCCACAACUAAAAAUGUAUCAGCAUAAUAGUGUUUGUUUGUAGAGAGGAUUCCUUGAGACUGGUUUGGGUCUCCCUGCAUGACAGUCCCCCAGAAACUUAGUGAGUCCUGGACUGGACUGAACAUUCAGAAAACUUCCCAGCAAUCUUGGGGUUCGGCUUUCGUCUCCUUCCUUUCCUCGACUUCUCAGUAGGUGCUAGAGUCCAGUCACACCCUUCACUGUGCGUGCAGACACACUCAGUCACACGUGUUCCAAACCCCACGAGGUAUGCAGAUAGGCGGCAUAUGAGUUUGGAAUCCAAGAGCUAUAAUUUUUAAAGAAUCUUUUAUUUUACUACAUUGUUGGAAAUCUUCAUAAUUUGAGGAAGUUCUGCAGCACGGCUUUUUACGUGUGUAAAUAAUUUUAGAGCAGCCUUUUUUUCCUUCCACAAACUGCUGUUCCGAUCUAUUUUUUCCAGCCAUGUCACUAAUUGUGAAUUCCUAUCAGCUAUUGACAGAAUACAGAGUUGAUUUUUUAAUAAAAAGUUAUAUAUAAUUAUCCCUUUAAUUAAAGGGAACAGAUGGGCGUUACUAAUCACAAACGGGCAAAAGCUUGGGAGUAGGUUUGGUCGCAGCAGUGAGCAUCCAGGGGUUUGCAGGGACAGUGUUACAAACUGUUUUCGUUUUUGCUGCUUUGGUUUUUCACUUCUGUCUGUCCCUAGCUUGUGCUUCGCCAGUGGUGCAGACAUCUGUUAGAUCGAAUCUCUUGUCAUUUGCACCAGGAGUGCGGGAGCUAAGUGUCCACCCGUUCUGUCUCUGCCGGGUAGAAAGCACAUGGUUCUGUGUGUCUGAUUGCAGAUUUCCUUACAGGUUUCUGUGCACACAUAUUUGAUUGUUCUGGAUGAACUGCCUUUCUUAAUACUCUGACGGUUGCACAAACAUUCUAGAAAAUUCAAGAAAAUGAUUCCCUGCCAAUAACUCAGCACAUAUGUUUGCCAAAGGAAUCUGUUAGUGACCUGCCUUUUCGUGCAUGUCGUUGUUGGUCCUGUCAGUCCCAGCCGUCACCCCACAGCCUGAGGUUGCUUUUCGUGGGGGAGACUCCGGUGUUGGCACAGUUGUGGGUGGUGGCCUGUGUGUCUGCCCCAGGAGCAUGGUGACCCAUGUCAGACUGGGAAACCUUUGAGCCCACCCUUCAUCUUGAAGUGGGAACAGGAGUGGGAAGGCAGGGUUCCCCCAGAGGGGCCACCUCGGCUGUGCUGCAGGGAGGUGCCAUCUGCUUUCUAAGUUGCUGCAGAGGGGGCGCAGAUUCUGGGGCUGUCUGCACCUAUUUCUGCCAGGGUGUGACCUUUUCCGUUCUCAGACUUGAGGGCGGUUUCUGCCGUUGUAUGUGGUGGCCACGUCCAAGAAUUGUCAGACGAGAUUAUUUCUGUGGGUCAGUGGAUGUGAAGUGUGUCCAGGACCUGAGCCACAUGGGUAGGAAGAGAGGUUGGCACUUUGCUCCAGAAACCAGCAGGUGUUAGCUCAGAUCCAGGUUCUGGACUCACACGAGCAUCAGGGCAUUUCCAUCUCUCUGAAACCAUGUCUGAUUUCAUUUGGGACAGGUAGCGGAUUGUUCUGCGUGUUGAAAAUGUUCGUAGUUUUCUUUUGUUUUCUUUUCAUUCCAUUUCUGCCUUAAAUUUAGCUCCCUACAGGGGAGACAAGCUCAAAUGAACCCUUUGUCAUCAUACUUGUGGCUGUGUUGGCAGGGGCGUUUGUUUCCUCUGGGGGCAGUGACCUGCCAUCGGGGCAGGCUGCCUCCUGUGGCUCCUGCUGCCCCGACUCCUGCACCUGCCCCACCUUCUCCCAUCUUUUGUUUUUCUUCUGCUAGAACACAAUGCCUACCAAUCAGUUAGGCCUCUUUAUCUCCUCUCUCCAGUCUCCAUUUUCCAAAGAAGAGAGAGAGUUUAGUACUUUGAAGUCUGUAUUAAAAAUUGUCUGAAGGCGUUUUCCUGUUAGGUUUUGGUUUUCCCCUCACAAGGUGAAGCACUGAGAUUCUUCCAUUUAAAGACCCUCACUUGGUCAGCUACAGUUUAGGAAGCCCGACCUUCACGGUGUCUUUGAAGCCCGACCCCUUGGUUUCCUUUUGGGUUUUCCUUCCUUUCGUUUGGAGUUUGUUUGCUUUCUGUGUUCUGUAUGUAUCUUGUUCAAUGUUGUCAAGGUUGGUUGAGCGUCACGUUUCACCGCAGCAGCAGCAGCAGAGCAGAAUGUACAUUCUGAUUUGCUACGUUUAUAUAUAUCUUGAAGCUAAAUGUAUAUAUGAGUAGUUUGCCAUGAGAUAACACAGUGUAAACAGAGUAGACACCCAGAAAUCGUGACUUCUGUGUUCUCUCCAUUUGAGUAUUUUGUAAUUUUUUGGAAAUAUUUGUGGACAUAAAUAAAACCAAGCUACACUACAACAGCUGGGUGUCGACCA